CCACCCGAUGCGCUCCCCGGAAACACGAUCCCUCGCUGCCACGGAGCCUGCGUGUCCCCGUCCAGACGUGAUGCGGUGGGAGAUCUCCAGGUGGAGGUGCGGGCACCUGACGAGGUGAGGGCGGUGACGCGUCGACAGAGGUAGACCGCGGGACCGGGGGGGCGAAGGCUGUUUCUUUCAGGAGCGCACCGGCAUCCGGGUAUGGAUGCGAGUCUAAGAAGGCAGUAACAAGGGGCUCUAAUGGAGCUGUGUGGUCCCAACGUGAGUGAGAGUGGAGGCUCUUUGUGCCAGGUGAAGCAGCUGCCCUGCCACGGCGCUCCCCUCACUGAUCUGCAGGCCACCGGACACAACACGCACAACAUCCUGCACCUCAGUCACCAGCGGCGGGUCAAACGUCCGGCCCUGGCCGUCGCCUCCGGCCCGUCCGUGGUCCCGCGGCGCAGGGUGAACGGGACGGCGGCCUGCGGCGGCGGUCUGGAGCGUGGCGCCUCCGGACCGGGCCAGGAGGCGGCCCUUGCCCUGUGUGUCUCCAAGGGGAAGGUGGCGGUGACGGGAGGAGGGGGGUAUUUCGGCUUCAGGUUGGGGAGAGGGCUGAGCAGCGAGGGGCUGUCGGUGAUUCUUCUGGACAUUAACAAGCCUUCCUGGGAUGUUCCGGAUGGAGCAAUCUUCUAUCAGAGCGACAUUCUGGACUAUCCGUCCCUCUAUAAAGUGUGUGAAGGGGUCGACUGUAUAUUCCACACGGCGUCUUAUGGCAUGUCUGGACCAGAGCAGUUGAGGAAAAAACAAGUGGAGUCAGUCAACAUCGAAGGGACCAGAAAUGUCAUAAAAGUGUGCAAGGAGAGGAGCAUCUCCAGACUGGUGUACACAAGCACCAUCAAUGUAGUGUUUGCGGGGAAACCCAUAGAGGACGGUGACGAGGCUUCGGUGCCAUAUGUUUCCUGUGAUGGGCACAUCGACCACUACUCAAGAACUAAAGCGAUUGCAGAGCAGAUGGUCCUCUCAGCCAACGGAUGCUCCCUAAAAGACGGCGGCCUGCUCCAGACCUGCGUCCUCCGGCCGUGUGGCAUCUACGGACCGGAGGAGAAGAGGCACCUCCACAGAGUGAUGGUGAACGUGGAGCGUCGCUUGUUCAGUUUCAGGUUCGGUGACCCCCGCGCCAGGAUGAACUGGGUGCACGUUGAUAACCUGGUGCUGGCCCACACGCUGGCGGCCGAGGCUCUCACCCCGAAGAGGACCCACGUGGCUAGUGGACAGAUCUACUUCAUAAAUGACGGAGUUUCAGUCAAUUUGUUCGAGUGGUUGACGCCUUUGUUUGAAAAGCUCGGCUACAGCCGACCAUUGAUAAAUCUUCCCGUUUCCCUCGUCUACUCGGCAGCCAUUCUGAUGGAGUAUUUGCACGUGGCUCUCAGGCCCCUGAUAGAAGUGCCUCUCCUUUUCACCAGAAGUGAGGUCAGGAACAUUGCGGUCAGCCACACCUUCAAAAUCGACAAGGCCCGUCGGGAGCUGGGCUACUGUCCAAAGCCCUACAGCCUGGCAGACUCCGUGGAGCAGUACCUGAAGUCCAGACAGCCUCGCUCCAGUUCUCCUGGUUCCGGCCUCUCCUGGGCCUCCCAGCUGCACCGUCACCCAGCCCUGCUGCUGCUGGUGGGUCUCAGCGUGCUGCUGCUCGUUUUAUCCAGCACACUCUCCUAGAACCGCGUCGUUUUCAUUGCACCGGACGAACGACUGCACCGUGAGCUGCGCCAGGCUUUGUCACUUUAAUAUCAAACAGUUCUUCUCUUUGUUAGGGGGUCAUAGCUUUUUCUAAAUGUGGCAGAGCUGUCGCACGGCUGAUGUUAAUUUCCUGGAAGGAGACGGCGCACGUGAUUAAUGAAACUCACCAGAAGCAAUGAAUAUGUCCUAAAAAUAAAGCUGCAGAAAGUGA